AUGGCUAGUAGAGAAUCUAGAUCUCCCUUGAAAAGGUUGCCAAUCCCACCUUUAAUGGAUACCUUACAAAGGUAUCUAGAUAGGAUAGAACCCUUGGAAGAUGAUAAACAGUUUUUAAAGACUAAACAAACAAUUUUAUCAAAGGAGAAUAUCGAUGCACUGACAGUUCUACAUGAAAAAUUAAUCGACUAUGACAAAUCUUUAGCUGCAGGUCAACCAAAAUCUUCAUAUAUCGAACAAUUUUGGUAUGAUUCCUAUUUGGAGUACGAUGAAUCAGUUGUCUUGAAUGUUAACCCAUUUUUUCAGUUGCAAGAUGACCCAACUUUGAAAGGGGUAAAUGAUUUUAAUGGUCCAUAUGGUGUUUAUACUAUUCAAGUUAAGAGAACUUCCAAAUUGAUUAUGUCAGUCUUGAAAUUUAUCAAACAUUUACGUCACGGAUCACUAGCUAAGGAUACCAUAAAAAAUACGGAGUUAUCUAUGGAUCAAUAUGACAAGCUUUUCGGAUCUUCAAGAAUCCCGCCAGGUCCAGGAGAACAAUCUUGUCAUUUGCAGACAGACAAAACGUCACAUCAUAUUAUUGUCAUUUAUAAAUCCCAAUUUUAUUGGUUUGACGUACUUGAUGUCAAUAAUCUUCCAAUAUUUGGUACAGCAGAAGAAAUUGAAUGGAAUCUGUAUUCUAUUAUAACAGAUGGUAAUAAGAAUAGUGAUGUCGGCAUAAAUAAAUACCCUUUCGGUGUCUUUACCACGGAAAAUAGGAGAGUUUGGUCAAAUAUAAGAGAUUAUAUCUUCCAUAAUAAGGAAGAUAGAACAAAUUGGCAAAAUUUGAAAAUUAUCGAUAGUGCAUUGUUUGUGAUAUGUUUGGACGAUACUAUUGAAAGUGACGAAAAUGAAGUUAUUAAAUCAAUGUUAUGUGGUACAUCGAAAAUUAAUUUGGAUUUCAACGCAUUGAAUAAGCAUGGAACUGAAAGUGACCUUACGAACAAUGGAACUAAAUUGCCACUAAAUAUUCAGUGUGGUACAUGUUUAAAUAGAUGGUAUGACAAAUUACAAAUCAUCAUUACACAAAACGGGAAAGCUGGAAUAAAUUUUGAACAUACAGGAAUUGAUGGUCAUACUGUUCUCAGAUUAGCAGUCGAUAUUUACACAGAUUCUAUUUUGAGUUUUGCCCAAGGUAUUACAGCUAAUUUACCUAACACUUGGAACGAUAUUCAUGAGAGAGAGAAAUCCCCCAUAUCGCACGCCAACUUGAUAACCAUACCAAGAAAGCUAGAAUGGAAAGUUGAUACAUUUCUAUUAUCAUCGUUACAUUUUGCCGAAACUCGUAUUUCAGAUUUAAUCUCGCAAUAUGAGUUUAUAUCUUUACAAUUUAAUAAAUUUGGUUCAAACCACAUCAAGAAAAGCUUUACUUGUUCUCCAGAUGCCUUUGUCCAACAGAUUAUGCAAAUUGCAUAUUAUGCCCUUUAUGGUAAAUUCGAGACGACAUAUGAGCCAGCAAUGACAAAAAAUUUUCAGAAUGGCAGAACUGAAGCAAUUAGAAGUGUAACUAAUAAGUCCAAGGACUUUGUCAAAUCAAUGUUUGAUAAAGAUUCAAACAAUAUUAAACGUCAGACCCUAUUGCAUGCGGCUUGUAAAGAACACAGCAGGAUUACUCGCGAGUGUUCAUCUGGCCUUGGUCAGGAUAGACAUUUGUACGCCCUAUAUUCAAUCUGGAAUGUAUGGAAUCGUGAUAAAAUGGAGCUCCCUCCCAUUUUUAAAGACCGAUCAUGGCAUAUUUUGAAUAAUAAUGUCUUGAGCACAUCUAAUUGUGGUAACUCUUGUCUUAAAAGUUUUGGAUUUGGUCCUGUUACGGCAAAUGGGUUUGGGAUUGGAUACAUUAUUGGCAGUGAUUCAAUUUCAAUAGUUGUCUCUUCAAGGCAUAGACAGACCCAAAGAUUUGCUUCAUUGAUUGAGAGGUCAAUGUUAGAAAUAGACCGUUUGUUCAAUGCUACUGAUGAUGAAGAUACUAAUAGAGACUAUUUGAUGGAUAUGUACAACACAAGUAAAGAUGAACGUAGUACGAUAGAAUCCAAGUCUGAAGACCUAAAGUUUCUACUCUCGGGAUAUGACUAUUUUGACGUUAGUGUUACUGGGUAA